AUGGCGAAUGUAACCUCUGGAAGCUGGAUAUGGAAAAGCAUAUGCAAGCUGAGACCUCUGGCAAGGCCGUUUGUUGUAUGUAAGGUGGGAACAGGAAUCACGUGUAGUUUUUGGAGUGAUAAUUGGACAGAAUUGGGGCCUUUAUUGGAGUUAACGAGUGAUAGAGGACCAAUGGUUUCGGGGCUGUCCAAACAUGCAGUGGUUGCUGAUGCAGUGAGAGAAGGGAACUGGUGGAUUUCUAGGAGUCAGAGUAGGAGCCCUAUAAUUCUUCUGCUGAAGGAGUGCCUUCCCCCGCCGUCAGUAGUGAAUAUGCGGGAGGAUGGGGAAGAUGACAUGUAUUUAUGGAAAGUGGGGAUUGAUGAGGCUUCGUCAAGUUUUUCUACGGCGAGAACAUGGGAAGCUUUGAAUCCUCCAGCUCAACGGGACGAGUGGUAUGCUUCGGUGUGGUGCAAGAACAGGAUACCAAAGCAUGCUUUCAUAACCUGGUUGGUUGCCAGAAACAGAUUACAUACGAGAGAUAGACUAAUACAAUGGGGGUUGGCAACUCCAUCUGUUUGUCUCUUAUGCGCUCAAGAGGACGAAUGA